AUGCCCAGCAAGUCUUCGGACGAAUUCGCAAAAUCUAUACAGCAUUUGCAAGGCCCUGGGUCAGUUCCACAUGUGGCUGGAAGGCGCCGUCUAUGCAUCAGCCAUCAACAGCUCGAAUACAAGCUGGAUACUUCCUUCGGCUGUGUGUUUGCAGAGAUUAUCGGCAACCCCGCCAUGCAUAUGUCGACAUCGGAUCCUGAACAAUAUUUAGUUGAACAAAAGGCGGGUGCGUCGGAGAUUACCCCUUUGCGUAAUGAUCCCCGUCGCUCCCACCAUAAUCCCCCGAUAGAUAUAAACACGAAUAUAGGACGGGUGAAGUUCUCCUAA